ACGUCUGAAUUGACUGCUUGUCACGUCACGACGGUUUGCUGUACCUCUGAGUGCUACGAGGGCAACUGAGCUUCCUCGACUGUAAUUCAUUUCUUUGUGUUUAUUAUACAUUUGAUAUAUUUGUAUUGCUGUGCGAAUGACACUCCCUGAAGCUCAGAGGCACAGUACAUGUAGAGUAAACCAUCGACGAAGCGACACCAUGGAGGUCGUGGACAGUCCGCUGAACCUGGCACAUCAGCAGUGCAGAAAGGCAGAACGUUUGGUCUCUGCUGGAAAGUAUGAAGAGGCCAUUUCCUGCCAUGGAAAAGCUGCAGAUCUUCUCACAGAAGCAAUGAAGUUAACAGAGUGUGAGCAGGCCAGUCUGUCCAUGGAGCUGCAGAGAGACAGCCAUAUCAAACAGCAGCGGCUGAUUCAAGAGCGCUGGAAGAGAGAAACUCGACGUGAGGCAACCAGGGCGCGACCUGGCGCCGGGCCAGGCCCCUUAACCAAAACCCAGCCGUCAGGUCAGCCCUCGGCUGCUGGCGCUGCCAGGCUCUCUGCUGAACCAGGCAGAGGAGUCGGUGAGCGAGAAUACGACACCCUGCUUUACCAGUUUCAGACUCGGCAGGCUGGAGCCUGCCAGCGUUUAACUUCACCGUGCCCUGGCUCCAAAACCACCAAGGAUGAUAAAACCCGCCUGGAGGAGCAGCAGACCACCAUCGACGACCUGCGGCGCCUGGUCGACCAUCUGAUGAACGAAAACCAGCGGCUGUCGGCCGAGAACGAGCGGCUACGUUUGGAGAACGCCCGGCUGCAGUCUGAGGCCGCAGACUUUGGGGAGCGUUCUGAGCUCUGGGUACUCCCUCAUGCAGCGGGUGCCAUGGGAACGGGAAGCGGGCAGGAAGGGAAGAACAGUGGGAAAAGCAAGGAGAUCGCUAUCCCUCAGCUGCCGCCGUUGGAGAUGCCGGCUCAGGAAGAUCUGUGUCUGGAUGACCUGCCGCCCCUGGAGCUGCCUGAAGACAUUAAGAAUGAACUGCAGGAGCUGCUGGACAUAGACAAACUGGGAUGAAACAAUACUGAGCCACACACACACAUGCACACCACCAUCUUCAUCAUCAAACUACUAGCCCUCAUGUCAGAUGUGGGUCACUGACAGCUGGGUUCAUGUGGGUUAAACCUAAAGUACAGACAUGUCUGCUUUCUGUAUUUUCAGGACAGUCCUGUCCAGCUCAACAUGUUCUACUGGACUGGAAAUCACAGUCAGAUAGUAGCAUCAUUACACAACAGGGCAACUGUGGAGUAAAUCCCUCUGACGUAAUAGCAUACACUCACUCACCACAAUGAUAACUUACCCAGGCUCUGUUAUUCGCUCCUUUUCAGAGAUAACAUCAUGCCUUGGCCUUUGUGACAAUAAGAACAAAGUGCUUCAUAGAAGGACAUCAGGUGAGGAACAGAAAGCUGCAUGUAGAAAUUAUCUGCAACAAGAGUUCAGGUCAUCUCGCUGUUACCAUGGAGAAUGCAGUCAACAACAUUACAUCACCUUUAUGUUCCCCUCCAUCCUUCUGCAUGGUUGUGGAUGAAAGAGCCCUGCCCCUCCCACAACAUAUUUGGGAUUACUAUCCAUAUUUCUGCACACAGAUAAAGAUGCAGUGAGAAUCAGCUGCAGGUGAGCACAUUACUGCUGCUCUCUGAAAAUCAUGGCUGCAGUUUUCUACCACUGUAGCAGACAGAAAUUAAAAGGUUUUAAUUA